CGGGCGGCCAGAUGUGCGGGGCUGUGCCGGGAGCGAAGUGGGCGCCGGGAUGUGCGGGGCUGUGCCGGGAGCGAAGUGGGCGCCGGGAUGUGCGGGGCUGUGCCGGGAGCGGAGCGAGUGGAGGAAGCGGCCGGCGCAGAGCCACGUGUCUGCGGGGUCGCUGCCAAAGCGGCGCGGCCCGGGCCGGGCGCCGGCGCUGCCGCCGGGCACGGGGAAUCCCCAGGGCCGCCGGGAGGCUCCGGGCGGCUGCGAACGGGCCAGGCGAGCUCGCCCGCUCGCCUGGAGAGUGUUGGCGGCGCGUCCCCAGAGCGGAGAAAGGGACGGCCCCACCGUGGCCGCCGGGCUGUUUCCGGGGUGGGGAGAGGCAGGGUCCCAGAGAGGCUUUUAAGAGAAGACUUUAAUCCAGCUUGUGGGAGAAUUAUCACUGCACGUGAAUGAGAGCAGGGGGGAAUGAGGCUCAAUGGAUUGUUGGAUUUAUUAGAGUCAAAGCUUAAUCUAACUUGAAUCUUAAAUUUGAUUUAUCUCUAAGUGAGAAAUGAUCAAAAGAUGCAAAGGAAUUCUUGACACUGGCAGUUCAGGUGCCAUAUGUUUCUGAAGGUUGAAAUGAUUGCUCAUCUUUCAAAGUUAUCACUAAAUAAAAUUCAAUGAAUUUUCUUA